GCCGCUGGCUCGUCUGCCGUAUCCUGAACGUUGCCCUCUUCAAUAUCAUUGCCUAGACUUGUUUGCUUGACCUGCGUGCCCAGCUCGAGCACAUCGUCUGCGUCGCCUGCCUCUUCGAGAUUUGCGGCAUCCUGGUCAAACUUGACUGCCUUUGGCUUUGUGGAUUUCUUCUUCUUCUUGACACUUGGGUCGAAGGCGAGGUCCUCUGCUGCGAGCUGCUGCUGCUCUGCGUCACUCAUGGCUGUCUCGACUGAGUAGCUGUCUGGUGGUGCUGAGUGGUCUCUUGCUCUGAUUUCGAUUUUCUCCUUCCAGCAAACAACCAGGACUACCAGGGACUACUGCCAGGGACUACUACUGCAAGGGACUACCAGGGAUACAGGCUACAGGCUACAGGCUACAGGCUACAGGCUACAGGCUACAAAAUGUCAGCAGGCGCAGUCCAGUACGGAGGAGACGAAAUCUCAGCACUCGUCCUCGACCCAGGCUCCCAUGCAACACGCGCAGGCUAUGCAGGCGAAGAUGCGCCCAAGUCCUACAUCCCCACCAGCUAUGGCCUCCGUGCAGCGUCUGCAACUACUCCAAAGCAGUCCUUCUACAGUGAUAGCAGUAUUCAUGCCCCGAGACCCGACUAUGAAAUCAAGAAUCCCAUGCAUGAAGGCACCGUCGCGGACUUUGAUGCCGCGUCUGACUUGUGGCAGUACAUCUUCAACACGGGUCUACGCGCCGACCCGCAUGAACAUCCGCUCAUGAUGACCGAAACGAGCUGGGUGAAGCCGCAGCAACGGCAAAAGACCAUGGAGAUUGCCUUUGAAACGCUCGGCUCACCGGCAGCGUAUCUCCUCAAGGGCGGUGUUGCUGCUGCCUUUGCGAGUGGCAAGUCAACGGCGCUCGUGGUGGAUAUUGGACACAGUGUCACCAGUGUCACGCCCGUGUAUGAUGGCAUCAUCCUCAAGCGUGGUCUACAGAAACAGGCAUUUGCAGGCGCUGCCCUGAGCGAGCAAGUGAAUGCACUCUUGAAGCAACGCGGCGUCGAUGUCACACCACACUUCUUGGUACAGCGAAAAGGUGCACCGGAGACAGGAUCCGGUGCGGUGCUCAAGGAAGUGCCAGGUCUGUCUGACAGUUUCAUGCAGUAUGAGCGUGGGCGUAUCGUUGAAGCCUUCAAAGAACAUGUCUUGCAAGUCUUUGAGGGACCGCUCAAUGAACAAGCAGCUGCAUCGCGACCUGCCAGGAUGUUUGAGUUCCCAACAGGCCGCCAGGAGCUCUUUAAGCAAGAACGCUUUGCUAUUGCAGAAAGCCUCUUCACAACAGACGAGUCCCACCAAUCUCUGCAAGCGAUGAUGCAAGCUUCCUUGUCUGUGGCAGAAGUCGACAUUCGGCCUGCUCUGCUCAGCAAUAUCAUUGUCACGGGCGCAUCGAGUCUCAUUCCAGGCCUCGAACAGCGAUUGCAGUUGGAGAUGGCCAAAUUGUUCCCGGGCGCUCGGCUGCGUAUCUCAGCGGCAGGCAAUACAGUUGAGCGGAAGUGUGCAGGUUGGCUCGGUGGCAGUAUUCUGGCGUCGUUGGGCACCUUCCACCAGCUGUGGUUGAGUAAAGAGGAGUACAGCGAGCAGGGAGCAGACCGGCUUGCACUGAUUGAGCGCCGCUGUAAGUGAUGAAUGCUUGUAUGCUAUGUGGAGAUGAGUAUGCAGAGCAGGUAGCUGUCUAUGAGUCUAGGUGUAUAAGUACUACAACAAUCCAGUAGUACCAGUAGUACAAAUAGUACAAAUAGUACCAGUAGGCCAGUAGUAGUGACUUGGUGUA